UCAUAUGGGCUUGUCGUCUUGUUUCGAGAUUUUCGUCGUGUGUUUGGUGUUGUCGGCUUUUUCUAAUUUCCGAUAAAUUUAUUUUGUUUCAAAUCCAAAUUUUGUGUUUUUCUUUCUCAAAGUCUCACAAUAUAGUUUGAUUAACAUAUCUACUAGGCUCGAACCCGAAGUGAUGACGGUGAUUACGCUUAUCUCGUCGAACAAAUGUUUCGGCGGAUUACAAAAAAUCUACUCGCACAAGUCCAAGGAGCUGGACUGCGAAAUGAAGUUUGCCAUCUUUCUGCCGGCAGCGGCGGCCGACGGAAAGCUUCCCGUAGUCUACUGGUUGAGCGGGCUCACCUGUAACGAGACGAACUUCAUCCAGAAAGCCGGUGCCCAGCGGUACGCUUCCGAGUACGGUCUAAUUGUUGUCUGUCCGGAUACUUCGCCGCGGGCUGUCAACCUGCCAGGUGAGGACGACUCUUGGGACUUUGGCAGCGGGGCCGGGUUCUACGUGGAUGCCACCAAGGAUCCUUGGAGCAAGCACUACAAAAUGUUCAGCUACGUGACGCAGGAGCUGAUCGACGUCAUCAACAACAACUUCCCUACCGUGGUGGACAAACAAAGUAUCAUGGGCCAUAGUAUGGGUGGCCACGGGGCGCUGGUUUGUGCGCUGAAAAACCCUGGUCUGUAUAAAUCGGUUUCCGCCUUUGCCCCGAUCAGCAAUCCAACCAAGUGUCCCUGGGGGUUGAAGGCCUUUGAGGGUUACUUUGGAGCAGACAGUAAGGAUGAAUGGAAGAACUGGGAUGCAACAGAGUUGGUCGCUGGCUACAAUGGACCACCAUUGGAGCUGUACGUUGACCAAGGUACUGAGGAUAGCUUUCUCAAGGAUGGUCAACUUUUGCCGAACAACCUGGUGGAUGCGUGCAAGGAAUCGCAGUUCCCUUGCGUAUUAAACAUGCGUGAAGGUUACGAUCACAGCUACUUCUACAUUGCGUCCUUCAUUGGAGAGCAUCUGGCUUACCAUGCUGGCCAUUUGAAGUAAGAAUUUUCAUGAAAAAUGUGUUGUAUUGAUUGAUUAUUGCACGCAUAUGGCAUUAUGGAAUAUAAAGUACGGCAUUUAUUUUAUUAAAAAAAAUCUUUG